AUGGACAUCUACGCUCUGCUCAUUGCCGGAGUCAUCAUCGUACCGGAUGAGAGGGACGUGACCAGAAUCCACGGCCUCUUACUGGGGCCUGCGGCUAAGCCACCUCUCGUCAAGUUUCUGACUAUCAACGAAGGACAAGAACGGUUCGCGCCGAACCCGAAUGAAGACGGCAUGAUAUCCCUCUCUCUCCUGGGGACAUGGUCGGGACCCAUGUGGAACUUUUCUGAGCACAGCCUGAGGACGGUGCUCAUCGCCCUCCAAUCGAUCGUGACGGACGACCCUUACCACAACGUCCCGGCUCUGGUCAGGGGCCGACCGGACGAGGGUGGAGCCUACAACGACUACCUGCUCCACGAGACCCUCAGGGUGACCGUGUGCGAUGAGGUCGAGGACGCCCUGGAUCCAGGCUCGUCGUACUCGCCCGAGCUCAGAAAAUUCGUCCUUAUGACGUUCCUGAAGUUCUACAAGGCGCAUAUGCGCACUGUACGGCUCCAGAUGCGACGCAUAGUUCGGGAAGUGAGCGACCCGAUCGGAAGAGUCCGCACGACCAGGUGCGAUUAUGACUUCAUCUUGAUCCGACUGGAGUUGUUGAAUGAAAAUGUGUUGGAGCUCAGCGAGAGUACAUCCUCCGACCGCGCAGUCGAUUGA